AUGGGUGGGAAGCAAUCUCGCAGUUUCUCCAGUAAGGACCUGAAUGAUUUGAGUGUAAGCCAAAAGAGGAAGAGCGCCGGAAAGGACGACAUGCCGAGCCUGUCCUCGGCUGCUGAGAGGAUCCGCAGACAUGCAACGGUACACUUUGGAUACAGCACCCUCAGUCUGGCCAUGCGGGGACUGAACGGGACCCCCGUUGAGCUUUGGGAGCUCAGAGAACUGCAAAAACUAAACUUAUCAAUGAACUCCCUGUGCUCUUUGCCCCCUGCCCUGGGAACUCUGGACAACCUGGUGGUCCUCAACUUGUGGGGAAACAACCUGUCGAGCCUACCGCCUGAGAUCGGCCUUCUCCAGAAGCUGCGGGUGCUCUUUGCCUGCCGGAACCGUUUGAGCGAGGUACCGGAGGAGCUCGGGUCCUGUGCUCGACUCGAGGUACUCAGCCUGGCUAACAACCAGAUCACGGGCCUUCCUGGCAGCUUGGCAACCAUGAACAGCCUGACCAAACUCAACCUCAGCCACAACCGAAUCGUCCACAUCCCAACAUGUGUCUACAGCAUGAAGGGCCUGGUCUUUCUUCACCUGGCUUGUAACCGAUUGGAGACCAUUGCGGACCAAAUCCAGGACUUGGUAAACCUUAAGAUCCUUAUCGUGGAGGGGAACAGCAUUCACACAUUGCCUAAAACGCUGUGCUUCCUGGAGUCUUUAGAACUGCUCAAUGUUGACUUCAAUGACCUGCAAAAUGUGCCGAUGGAAAUGUACCUACUGAGCAAGCUUGGGAGGUUGGCAUGCCACCCGAUGGAUAAAGGACUACAUAUAAUACACAACCCCCUCCUGAAGCCCAUACAGGAGGUACUGCAAGGAGGACUCAGUGCCCUCUAUAACUACCUCAAGCCCACGUGA